GCAGCGGGAAGUACUGACCAAUCGCCGUGCAGCAGAGGCGUAUCCUGUGCUAUUUAUUAUACUGUUGAAUAGCAGGCUAGGCUCGUCUGACGCAGAUCGCCUUUCUUCUGUCGGUUUACGAGGGGUCUUCAAGGAUAUACCUGCAAGAUGUCGAAGGACGUCCCACGUGAGCCGGAGCAGCUUCGCAAGCUCUUCAUCGGAGGUUUGAGCUUCGAGACCACAGACGAAAGCCUGCGGGCUCAUUUUGAGCAAUGGGGGAGCCUUACAGACUGUGUGGUCAUGAGGGACCCAAACAGCAAGAGGUCCAGGGGUUUUGGCUUCGUUACGUACUCAUCAGUACAAGAAGUUGACGCUGCUAUGGCUUCCCGCCCCCAUAAGGUUGAUGGAAGAGUGGUAGAACCUAAGCGAGCUGUUUCUAGGGAGGACUCAAACCGACCAGGUGCCCAUGUAACAGUCAAGAAGAUCUUUGUUGGGGGCAUCAAGGAAGAUACAGAGGAGUCACACCUGCGGGAUUACUUCCAGCAGUUUGGCAAAAUCGAGGUCAUUGACAUCAUGACCGAUCGUAACACUGGAAAGAAAAGGGGAUUUGCUUUUGUCACCUUCGAUGACCACGAUUCAGUCGACAGGAUUGUCAUCCAGAAAUACCACACUAUCAACUGUCACAACUGUGAAGUGAGGAAGGCCCUCACGAAACAGGAAAUGCAGAAUGCUGGAAUGGGAAUGAGGGGAGGUCGUAACAGUGGCGGAAGGCCCUAUGACUGCGACAGAGGCUUCAAUCAGGGUGGCAGGGGGAGAUAUGGAGAUGGCCCUUACAAUUGCAAUGGAGGUGAUGGCGGCUAUGGAGGUGGCCCAGGUGGUCCUGGUGGAUAUAAUAAUGGCAACCGUGGAUAUAAUCAGGGUUACAACCAGGGUGGUGGAGGCGGCGGCGGCUAUGGAGGAAACGGUUAUGACAGCAAUGGUUACGGCAACUGUGGCAGUGGAGGUGGCGGAAAUAGCUACAAUAUGGGCCACUACGACCCCCAGGCCUCAAACUUUGGCCCCAUGAAGAACAACUUUGGAGGUGGCGGCGGCGGUGGUGGCAGGAGCUUUGGUGGCUACGGAGGCGGCUCAAACAAUGGUGGUGGCUAUGGCCGUCCAGGGCGAUUCUGAAAUGUGUCAUGGACUGAGUACUUAGGAGAGGAGAGCAAGGAGAGGAGAGCAAGCGAAUUGACAGGGCAGCUGCAGGUUUACCUCCCUAAAUCUGCUCAGCCAAACAGUUGUGGCAGGUUACAACUGCUGCAAGAAGAGAUGUACAGUAGAUAAAUCAUGGAGGGCCUUCAUUUAAACAUUUUUGUGUUGUCUUUUUUUUUUUUUUUUUUUUUU